GACGUCGACGUCUGUUUGCCACGUGAAAUCCCGCUAUUCCAACACGUGUAUGUCUCCUCUACCUCGGUGCCUCCAUGUAUGCUUCUCCAUGUUCUUUGAUCUUCCCAAUCACUGUUUGGUUAUCGUGAUUCCCUGAUCAGAAAUCGCACGCCGUCCCUCUAAGCGUUGCUGGAAUUUUCUUGGAAAAUUGAGCAGUAAAUAUUUGCUUAUCCCCUAUGUCUUAUGUAGACAUUGAACAAUAAGUUUCUGAUGCUUUGGUUUUCUUAAUAACCAUUUCACUUUGCAAGAUUACGUGACAGACGCAGGUUUAAGAAUUCGAGUUCUGGAAGAUAAAAAUGUCUUCUCCUAGCAAGAGAAGGGAGAUGGAUGUCAUGAAAUUGAUGAUGAGCGAUUACAAUGUGGAGACAAUAAAUGAUGGGCUGAAUGAAUUUAAUGUGGAAUUUCAUGGCCCUAAAGAAAGCCUUUAUGAAGGUGGUGUCUGGAAAAUCCGGGUUGAGCUUCCUGAUGCUUAUCCAUACAAGUCUCCUUCUAUUGGGUUUGUGAACAAGAUAUUCCAUCCAAAUGUCGAUGAACUAUCUGGUUCUGUAUGCUUGGAUGUUAUCAAUCAGUCAUGGAGUCCAAUGUUUGACCUUUUGAAUGUUUUUGAAGUUUUCCUGCCACAACUGUUGCUUUAUCCUAAUCCUUCAGAUCCACUCAAUGGUGAUGCAGCUUCCUUGAUGAUUAGGGACCGAGAAAAGUAUGAUCAAAAAGUCAAAGAGUAUUGCGAACGAUAUGCCAGAAAGGAAAACAUUAUGAACUCUGCAGCUGAAGAGCAGAGUGGUGAAGAGGAUGUCAGUGAUGAUGAAAGUGGAUCAAGCGACAAUGAUAUUGCUGGACAUGUAGACCCAUAGAGGAUCAUGACGUGGGGGCUUUAGAAUGUUUCAAUUUUAGUUAAAACGCCUUACACGGGACUAUGAACCCUACAUUAGAUUUUCACAUUUUCAAAUCAUAUUCUAGUUUUGCUGUUACCUUUCAUUUGUUUGUAAAAUUAUAGACGUCGUAGUCAAUUUUUUUUUCCCAUCAAUAGGAAAACAGUGGGAAAUAUUAAAAGUGAAUUAUUGAUUUGAUUGUAUGAAAACUCUUUUGAAAAUGACAGAAAGAAUUGGGUAAGUUAAUCAUGCAUUUCUGCUA